AUGUCCGUCUCCCCAAUCACCUGCCAUAUCUUGGACACUACGGUGGGUCGUCCAGCCGCCAACGUCUUAUGUGAACUCACUUACCUAUCCUCUCCUUCCUCGUCGGCAAUCGCAACGGCUUACACAAAUGCUGACGGCAGAGUCAAAGAAUGGUCUCUUGCGAACCCCUCAGAUGCAUCCAGCGAAUGGAUCACCAGCGAAUUGCGUCCCGGUCUGUACAAGGUCAGAUUCAACACUUUGCAGUAUUUCUCCAAUAUGCAAAGAGAGACCUUUUUUCCUUACGUGGACAUUGUCUUCCAGAUUCCUGAGUCGCCCGACGCCCACUAUCAUAUUCCAUUACUUCUAAGUAACUACGGUUACUCCACUUACAGGGGUAGUUAG